CACGCAACACACACACACACACACACUCAGCACGCGUGCGUUAAAACUUGAAAUAAACCAAAUGAUCGAGGAAACAGAAACGCGAAAAUAAUAACCACAGUAGUGUGAUUGUUUAUCAAAAAAAGGAAAAAUUUAUACAAUGCAAUCUGAUCAGAAAGAUAGUGACUUCAUGCCAAAAUUAGAUAUUGAAAGAGAUAAAAGUAAAUUAAAAUAUAGUGAUAUAAUAUAUAUGAAACAAGCAGAAGAAGCAGCUGUUCAAAGAGCAUCCCAAUAUACAAAAAGACGUAACAAGUGUGCGAAAGCAGGUUUUGCUCUAGCUGGUUUAUCUUUAGGAAUUUAUCUGUAUACCAUAUAUGCUGUAAAACAGGAAACAUUUUUAAAUGAUCUAUAUGAACCUGAAAAAAUAAUUGAAAAAUCUAGUUCAAAAACUAACGUCGCUUAAAAUUAUUUGUAUUUGUAUCAUAUGAAACAUUACUCUUACCUACAUAUUAUCUAAAUACAAAUAAAAAAAAGAACAAUGGCAACUCUAAGGUUACCACCUUUACCAAGUAUGAAAGAUUUGUUAAGAAUGUAUAGAUUGCAUGCAAUGAAACAGCUUUCUCAAAACUUUAUCUUAGAUCAAAAUUUGUCAGAUAAAAUAAUAAGAAAAACAGGAAAUCUCUCUGAUUGUCAUGUAUUAGAAGUUGGUCCUGGUCCUGGUGGAUUAACUCGAUCUAUUUUAAAGCAUCAACCAAAUAAAGUAAUUGUUGUGGAAAAAGACAAAAGAUUUGAGCCGACGUUAGAAAUGUUGGCAGAUGCUUUUGCAGCAGUUAAUGGUAACAUGGAAAUUAUUUUUGAUGAUAUAAUGAGAUUUAACAUGACUAAUGUUCUCCCACGAACUGAAACAAAA